CUUCACUGUCCCAAUCCCGUACAAAUCCAGCUAUCGUAUGUCCUUUCUCAAUGGCCGUGAAAACGAAUGUAUAUAUGAACCUAUCUCCCUCCGGAACGGACUCGAGACUGACUUCGCCUCCUCCCUGCGUCGAAUUUCACAAUCCUUUCUCCGCCGAAUCACUAGCAUAUCGACCUCAAAAACCUAUUUGUCUGAAUAUGGACACAGAACCCAGUCCCGGUAGACCUGAACCUUCGGUCUUACCUGUUCCCAUGACACCUUCAUCUCCAGAUUGCCUUGGCACCUGGCACCCGAGGUACUUGGCAUGCACGCACUUUUUCGUUUCGCAUGCGCAGUAUACCCCAGCAGUGCAAUCACUGGCCGCGUUUCUCAACAUUCGGCUCCCUUGUCAGCAGUCUGGGGCCCCAGCAACCCAUCCAUCAUUACGUGCUUACAUCCGGCGCCUGAUUGUAACAGCACAGGAUAGUCCUGCUGUACUGGACGCGUUCUUUGGGGAGGAUUGGGCGGGGGGUGUCGGGAGCAUUAUCAAGCAGGAGCGGGUGAAUUACUUAUUUACGGCGAAGAGUGGCGGGUGGGCGUCAACAAAGGCGGCGUAUGAUAGUCUACCGGACGAGCAAACGCCAUUUCUGCGGCCGCUGCGAGAACCGGCGGAGGAUGAGCUGCAAGAGGCGGAAGAUCGCUGGAGUGAGUGGUUAGCGAUGGAGGAUUGGAUGGUUGGACCGUGCAGUCCGUGGUAA